GAGUCCCGCUACUGCUCCGCCUGUUUCACUCACUCCAGUCCACCUCUGCACCGUGCACCAGUGGCAGUAUGCCCGGGCCGACAGCUACGACCAGCCUCCUGCGUCUACUGCUGCUACACAGCGCUCAGCCAAUCUGAUUUAUCCAUUUUAGGACGCUUGAACAUCGCAUUGUCUACAUCUGGAAUUACAUGAGUUUUUGGUCUUUAUUUUUCUCGCUUCAUUGAAGAUAUUUCCGUGUUGCCAGGGAAGAAAGUCCAAGCAGCAAUGACAGGGCUUCAGAUCAUUGCACCAUCAAUCCAAAGCCUCUUCUGACCAAACGUCACCAAGUGCAUCAAAGAUGUCUGCCUGCAGUGACUUUGCAGAACACGUGUGGAAACCCGGCUCUUGUAAGAACUGCUUCCACCCGCUCAGUGCACACCGGGGAGGCAGUGGGCCCUCCCUGAGAAGAAACAGCCAGAGAGGUGAUGAGGAGAGUGCAGUAACAGCACCUUCACCUUAUAGUAAGCCGACCAUUGCUGUCAAACCUACUAUGAUGAAUCUGGAGUCCAAUGAGACAAUGACAGAUAUCAACAUGAACAUCGAGCAGGAAAGUCCCAGGAGUCCAGUAGACCGAUUUGGAUUGAAAAAGCUCCUUGGCCUGUCCUCACUGUACAUAGAUAAAAAUGGAUGUAACAAGGUUCCCAAAGAAACUGGUCUGCGUAGCCCUGAAAAUAAAUGCUUCUCUUUGAGUGCUUUAUCUCCAAGUAAGAUCUCUAAAGAUUCAGUGCUUAUCAGCAACAUUUUUGUUACACAGGAAGAUGGCAAAACUUGUCAGAACUUUAGAAAGAAUGACAUUUGCAGACAGAUAAACUCUACAGAAGCUGCCCGAACCAGCAAGAGCACUUAUAUUGGUAAUGGCGUUAAAACACACUAUCAAGAACAUGAUCAAGCUUCACGGGGCAUGGAUGUUAGUGUUUCUAGUCCUACCAAAGUUCAUAAUGGUUAUGAAUCCACAGACUUGGUCAUUACUGAGGCUACCAGCACUUCCUUUAGCACAGUCUUAAACGUGAACACUGAUGACAGCACUCCAUUGUCUUCACAGUCCCCUCCCAGUCCGUCGGAAUCAUCCUGCUCCUAUCAGAGCAGUAAUGGUUCACUUUCAGAUGGUUUUGGAAGUAAACAUGACCUUGGUAGACCCCAGACGCCUACAAGCUCACUAUCAGUAUCUAACUCUCCCACUGGGCCUCUGGACAAAGAGCCUAUAUAUGCAGAAAGCACUAAGAAAAAGCAAAGAGCACAUGAAAAUUUGAAAUCACCAACCAAAAUCAAGAGGACUCCAUGUCCUCCUGAAGGCUCGGUGGAGUGUCAGCGGGCUACCAUCACUGUAAUGGCCGCUCACACAGAGGAAAACAACAGGACAUUUUAUCUGAGCAGUCCAGAUUCAGCCGUGAGCACCCAGUGUCACUUUAGUCCUUCUGCCCGAAAAGACACAAGCACCCCAACCUUCCUCUGGCCCAGUCCCAGCCGAAGUGCCCCAUCUUUGACACCAGAGACAGCUGCCUGUCUCCCUGUUCUUCCCAAACCCCAGACAAGCCCACCCAUUCCCCCAAAAAGAACUAACCGGACCCCUAAGCUGGGUACUUCUAGUCUCACAUCAUCCAUUUCUUCUCCCGUGCCUCUGCCUGAACUUCCCAAACUAAGUGCCUCCAGUCUUAGCCCAUCCACCUCCUCCCCUGUGCCCCUACCAGAACUUCCUAUGCUUUUUCUCGUCACAUCCAAAGAGUGUCACUUUAAGGUCCACACUAGCAACCAGAGCAUGGCUGUCGAUCGGCACAAGUCUCAUCACCACAUUCCUGGAUGGAACUGUCGCAUUGAGGAAGAGGAGGAAGAUGAGGAGAAAAAUGUCAAAGAAGGUGAGAAAAAGCAUCCAGCUAAAUGUCAGGGGACUACUGCCCAAGAGGAUAGGCUGGUCACUGGUGAAGCUGCAAACUGGAAGGAGGCCAGGACAUGUAAGGCCCAAAGCAGCCCUCCACCAAUCACAGAGCCAGGCACUGCCCCCUUUGCUACCACCAACAAUGGUCCUUGUCAGGAUGUUCUGGAUGGCACCGGUGCAGGAAAGGAAGGCAAGCAGAACGGCAGCAUGCCAGCCAAGCAGCCAUCACAUGUCGGCUCAACUGAAUUACUGACAGUAGGAAUGGGAGCAUUCAACCAUGAGACCAAUCCCCCGCCACCCCCACCCAAGAAGUUACACAGACUAUGUGGAAGAAUGAGUGGCAGUAACAUGGAACUAGACCGCUGCAGUAAUCCAGGGUCAGUAGAAAGCUGUGCUUCAUCUCUUCGAGGCUUGGGGCAUGUCAGUUUACCUACAGCCUCCACUGACAGUCUUGCUGAUUCUGGGCCCCGAGAUUCUACACAAAUGUCCUGCUCCUCUCCAUUUCCUCGCAGCCCAUUGCCAUCAGCCCCGGGCUCUCCUCAUCCGAACACAUGUGACAGCACAAGUAACCAGCCUCCUCCUCUCCCAGAGAAGAAAAUGGUCAACAGAACCAUGUCUGCUCCUGAUAGUGGAAAACAGUUCAUUCGGUCCUAUCCAAACCUUCUAUUGACUGGUUCAGAAAGCCCAAGGUGUCAGCCUGAAGCCAGCUCCCAGUCCAGUUUACCAUCCAGUCCUGUGGACCCAAAGUCCAUGUUCUCAUCAAAUGAAUGUCUAGAGCGUUGCCAUGCUCCCCUCGGUAAACCCUCCAGAUCUAGAACUUUAGAUGAACCAUUCAAAAGACGGCUUGGGGUUCACUGUCGAAGCAGCAUUACCUGCUCCUCCUCCCCUCAGCUCAGCGGCCCUCUGCCAGCCACUGAACUAGGAACUGCUACAAAUGUAGGCUCUACUCUCCAGCUACAGACACUGCUCAGUAAUAUCGACAGCAGGGAAGGAGUGUACUCCAAACUCGGAGGACUAUAUGCAGAGUCUCUGCGAAGGUUAGCUCUAAAAUGUGAAGAUCACUUCACUCGCUCACAGAGAAACCCUCUUAGGUUUGAAGAGAGCAACUGGUCUCUGUUUCGACUCAUUUCCAACAAACCAAGCUGCAGUGGAGGAGAUGCAGUGUACUAUUCAGCUGCCUGUGCUUCAGACCCCAGUAACUCCUAUGCUGUUAAGAUCUGCAAGAGUCCGUCUGUGGAGGCCAAGCAGGGUCAUCUCUACGGCCUGUCUGUGCUGCAGAGCAUGCCUACACACUUCAAUCUCCAGCAGGACUGUGGACACUUCAUGGCCUGUGUACCACAGAGUAUGUUGCCCUCAGAGGAGGUAAUCAAGCCAGCAGCCUCGUCUACUGCUCAGCCAAUGGACAGAGAAAGAGUGGUGGUCAUCACUCCGGAUGUCCCACAACAAACUGCAGCAGAUUUUGUCCGUGAGUGGGGGGCAUUCCAUAAAGAACAGCCUGAGGUGUACGAGAGGAGAGUGUGCUUCCUUCUUUUGCAGCUGUGUAAUGGACUUGAGCACCUAAAGGAACAUGGAGUGACACACAGGGACCUCUGCCUGGAAAACCUUUUGUUGGUUCCACAUCACAGACCACCUCUCACUUGUGCUGACAGUGAUUGCAGCCCUCUAGCCAUUCAGCGCCACCUCCCUCGACUUCUCAUUAGCAACUUUGCAAAAGCUAAGCGUCGUUCUGCUGAAGAUGGUGCUUUCCACAGCAUAGAUCCUAGAACCAAACGAGACCAUGCCAGACUGGCCCCAGAAAUUGUCUCUGCUGCUCAGUAUCGCAAAUUUGAUGAGUUCCAAACUGGCAUCUUAAUUUAUGAGCUUCUUCACCAGCCCAACCCAUUUGAAGUUAGCCCAGCACUAAAAGAACAGGACUACCGGUGUGAGGACUUGCCUUCCAUCCCGUCUGUGUCCCUGUAUUCAGAUGGUCUCCAGAAGCUGGCCCAGCUGUUGCUCCAACCAGAUCCCAUCAAACGCAUACACAUCCAGGAGGCAAAGCGUAUUCUCCAGAGCCUGCUGUGGGGCCCAAGGAAGGAUCUUAUGGAGCAACAGAAAGAGAGGCAUGGCCAGGGAGCCAACCUCAUGGAUGCCUCCAGACACGAAGGUCUUCUCAACUGGCUGGAUGUAAAGCGAGCCUUGCUCAUGAUGAAAUUUGCAGAGCGCUCCCUGGAACCAGAGAGAAAUGCUGAACUGGAAGACUGGCUCUGCUGCCAAUAUUUCUCCUCAGCUCACCCUCUGUCUUUGUGCCAUACCGCCGAACUGCUCUAUUCUCUCAAAUAACUGACGUCAGUGAGGACUCUGGAGAACGUGCAGCCCUGUUAUAAAUGUUAAGGCUCUUUUCAUCAUGUAGUAAAUAAUGUGAAUCUGCAGUGUUACUUACACAGUAAAGCGUGCCACAAACAUGAAUGAACAAAGACGCAAAAAGUUUUUAUUGAUCAAGCUGAAGAGCUGUGAAUGUUUGUGGUCUGGCUCUGGCUAUCAAUAAGGUACUAAUGUUUCACCCAAUUAGUUUACAGUAUGUUGCUUUGUAAAUGUGCAGCUAAACCUCAUGUCUUACAUGACUUGUCUGUUUAAAAAUGCAACUAACACAUCCUCAUUAGCACAUGUUGUUUGUCACGUCAUCUGUAAAACAUGUUUUGGCUAGACUUCAUUAUGAAACGUCAUUUAACUGAAUUACACUGAAAUGUAAAUGUCAUGACAUUUGUGACGGUGCCUUUUGGUGUUUUGUAUGUAACAGCAACUUUGACACAAUGUAAAUAUAUUAGUUUUGUGAAACUGGCAUUUCACAUUCUUGUACACUGAUUUUAAGUUAUAGAUUAAAAGAAGAUCAACAAGCCCAA